AGCAAAUAAAAUAUAAUGGAAACCUGGACAAUAGAUCAUCAAACUAACUCUGAUACUCAGACUCAAGACCAAACAAGCGAAAUGGAGUCCCAAACUUGCUUUAAACAAACUAUCCAAGAAGUAAUUGAAUUAAUAAGCCAGAUAAAUAGUAGCCGAGCUGAGUCUAAACUUGAUGUUCCAGGCACAAAACCAGAAGUUAUAGCUCCAAAGCCUGAUUUGGUCACCAGCGACAUCAUUUCUACCGAGGAGAAUAAAUUUAACAAAGAUCUGAAAUUAAACAAUUUGAAUUCUGACUCGGAAUAUUCAGAAUCAACUGAGUGAAGUGAUGAAUCUCCCCAGAAAGGAAGAAGUCUGGAUGCAGCAAACACUCUCUCGUAG